GCACCAUCCGUUGCUGGCGUCAGCUAGCCUCAGACUCUUUAUUUGAUCAUCGAGGCCCUUCCCGUGGCUGUUCUUCCCGACCGUGAGACCUGCAAGUCGCGUGCCUGCGUCCUUCCGACUCCAGCUCUAAGCGGUCUCCCGCAUCGGGCCUCCACGCUUAACGUGCCAACACACCGGUUGUGGGUGGAUCUACAGCACUACACUACUACUCACCACUACAUUAUUUAUCAUCACCGCAACUCUUUCUUUCUUUCGUUUCCUAACGCCGAACGUCCGUACCAAGUACACCGGACUCUUCGCCGCCCCCUUCUCGAUUCAUCCAUGUAUCUCGCUCAGACCCUCGAUCAGAGUGCCUCGUCAGGCUUGGAACACGCCUCCAAAAACACCUUUCGCGGCCUCAAGAAGUAAACAUGAUGGUCCCUAGGAGCUUCCUGUUCAGCUCUGCUUCAUCGCCAAAACAACUUGUGGUUUCGCCGUCCGCUGUCGAUAUGAGUCUACGUCAGGAUGAAAUGGCGCUUGAAACAGCACCAGACGCCCAGCCCAUGAACGUGCACACCGACCCUGUUGUCAUUCCUCCUAAACGAGGCCACCGGCCGACACUUACCCAGACGCAGUCGACAAGAAAAGAACCAAGAACUCCGAAAAGAACACGAAUGACCCGCCAGUCUUCGUCGUCUACCCUGAAUGACCGGCCACUACCAACAGCCGUAGCGUCUAUCCUAGAAGCCACUGCGAUCCCCGUUCCUCGACGAAGUCGGGGUGCCCGUGACACUCGAAAAUUGCCUCGUGGAAAUCAUGUGCAGCAUUUCAGCAAGCUGCUCAUGGACGGUCUUGAUGACCCGCCACUAUACGGCACAGGAAAUUCUACACUGGACAUCUUACUCAGCCCUCCGGAGGAGACGGAUAAAUCGUUUGUUUCUAGCGACUGUGAUAGCGAGACGUUUUCAUACUCUGCCCCUUCCGUCUCAGCCGAGUCUGUGCCGUCGCUGGAUACCGAUGUAGAAACACCGUCCAGUCUCUCCAUACCGUUUACUCCGUCCAGCCAACGAAGCCCAUCAAGCCCAUCUGAGAAGAUUCGGCGCCGAAGCCCUCCCAAAUGCGAGAACUGUGCCUCAAACCAUCCGCUUUUAGACACGGAUUCAGACACUGACGAUGAGCACACAAUCACUAGUCGUCAAUCAUCCCCAUUGGAUUCCGCGCCUUCCAAGCCCUUCGUUACCGCCCGAUCUUUUGUACGUCUAGGCUCAUUCAAGUCAAAUCUAACUGCUUCGCUGCGGGCUAUAAAAUCCGCAGCGCAAAGUGUCUCGAACUUCGCAUCACCAUCUCUUCAGCCCGAUGAUUUCCUCACCCGUUCAUUGUUAAGCAUAACUCCCGGAAUGACAGACGAUCGGAGGCCGCCCCCAAUGGAUGAAACGCCAUCUCCGGCACUGCGUCGAUAUCUGAAUCCAAUUAUGGUUUCGCCUACGGAAAUGUACAGCUUUCAGGAUCAACCACAUGACACAUUUGACUCGCACAAUUGCCCCAUAUCAGUACAGAUGCAAACAUACCAUCGUUCAGGUAGCGGCGGGUCCCGAACGGGGCGCUUCCAAUUCUCCAGCUCGAAGAAUCGUUCUCGACACUCGUCUCCGUUCGACCCCGAGGCACCGCCAAUGUCCCGCCAGCGCGAGCCUCGAGAGAAUAGCGAUUUCCUCCGCAUAGUCGUCUUGGAGAUGAACAUGAGACGCCGAGGCAAACUCCGUGAUGACAUACCAACUCGAGCCCAGGUCUGGUUACCUCCUCGCAAGGGCAGUCAGGCCAGAUUCGUUCCAUACGUUUUCGACCCGGAGGAGGAGCUCGAGUCUGAAAUCCCGGCCCGGUGGAUAGGAGUGUCCAUCGAGUCUUUCUGA